AUGCGAUUUCGUUGUUUGUUAAAACAUCGAGUGUUACAUUAUGAACCUUUAAAAGCAUCUAAAAUAAUUAAUGCAUGUGUAGUCUUACAUAAUAUAUGCAUCGAUAACAAUGUUGCCAAUGACGACAUAAUUUGUGAAGACGAUAUGAUUUUUGACGAAGACGAUCUAGGAGUUAUUCAUAAUGUAAAUAAUGACCAAAUGCGAGCUAUAAAUCCCUUGUUGGUUGCUGGUCGAAACAUGCAGAAAACAAUAAUCCAACAAUAUUUCACAACAUAUUAA